CCUACCCCUCCCGUUUGAACUUACUAUCUUCUUCACCAACCUGUCAUCCUCCAUUCUUUCAACAUGACCAAACCAUCUCAGCACACAUUGCUUUGCUCUUCCUGCCAAAUUUUGCUUUAUUAUAGGUUUGUAGUAGAUAAGCAUAUUUGAAUUAUUAGAUAUUACCAUAGUAAAUUUUGUUUUGUUAACAGCUAUUAUUUUUUCACAGACUUUGCCUCAGGGCCAUCUUUACAAGUAACAGUUGCUCCCCCCCCCACCACAAAAGGUUGUCCCAUACAACCAUCAACACAAAGGCUUGCCAAGUGCAGCAAGAAAAAAAUCUGAAAACACAUUAUUCUGACAGAUGUGAAAGUAACCGGCAAAAGAAGAGUAGUUACCAACAGCAAGAUGAAGGCAGUCAGCCUGAUACCCUACACGGCAGUUUGGACCUUCAUGACAACCACAGCCUAGGGAACAGAUCUGACCGACAGACGAGACAUGACAGCAGUGACCAACAAAGCAGACAUGACAGCAGCGAUUGACACAACAAACAUGACAGCAGCGAUUACACAGCAGACAUGACAGCAGUGACCGACACAGCAGACAUGACAGCAGUGACCAACACAGCAGACUUGACAGCAGUGACCAACACAAAAGACAUGACAGUCGUGACCGACACAACAGACAUGACAGUCGUGACCGACACAACAGACAUGACAACAGUGACCAACGCAGCAGACAUGACAGUCGUGACCGACGCAGCAGACAUGACAGUCGUGACCGACGCAGCAGACAUGACAGUCGUGACCGACGCAGCAGACAUGACAGUCGUGACCGACGCAGCAGACAUGACAGUCGUGACCGACACAACAGACAUGACAGUCGUGACCGACACAAUAGACAUGACAACAGUGACCGACGCAGCAGACAUGACAGUCGUGACCGACACAACAGACAUGACAGUCGUGACCGACACAACAGACAUGACAACAGUGACCAACGCAGCAGACAUGACAGUCGUGACCGACGCAGCAGACAUGACAGUCGUGACCGACACAACAGACAUGACACCCGUGACCGACACAUCAGACAUGACAGACUCAUGA